CACCUUUCGUUCCUUCCUAUCAGUUUGCAUCACAUCAUUGAAAAUGGCGGAAGACUCAGAACAGGAUCGAACGAGCAACGCUGGUGCAGCUUGCUACAGAUGUAGAGGCUUUCGCCACUCAUGCGAUCGCGAAAAGCCGGCAUGUUCAAGAUGUAAACGACGAGGAAUCAAGUGCAUAUAUCCAGAAGCUGCACCCUCUCUGAAGCAAUUACAGCUGUCGGCUGAUGUAUUAGGAAACCGGAUAACCACACUCAACGAGAAGCUAAAGCAGCGACCCAAAAGCGAAAAAAGUAUAGCUAAACAACCUCAGUCUGUAGCUGAAGAAAUCCCAACAGAUGCCUUGGUUGGCAACUUUUCAGUUUAUCCGUGUUCAAAAUGCUAUAGAGAUUUACAGCAAUGCGAUCUCACAUUUCCCAGUUGCUCAAGAUGUGUUCGAAACAAGUUUGAGUGCGUAUACACAAAAACUGAGCCAAAGGCCAAUCAUGUCUCCACCGUACUGAACGCCAUGAAUCGUGCAGUUGAUCAAUGGAAUGAUUUUUUUGAUGGUAAAAGCAAAUGGCUGGCGAAGCGAACACAACGAGACAUACUACCUAAAAAGAAGCCUCGACCACCGUUCACCUGGGCGAUACACAACAAGUAUAACCAAGGCUUAUCCAUGGAAAGCAACGUAUCGUCAUUCACCGACUUGCACAAAUUAAUUGCUCAAUUUGCAUACUCGUUUCUUCCAACGCCAAGGUCAAUACAAGAUUCGCCUGAUGCUAUGUCGGAUUCCGAUUUCGAAUCAGUCGAAGAAGGUAUGAUAUCUGAUUUAAACCAGAUGGCAACCGCAGAUUUACGGCAGGAUAUGUUUCCGUUCGCAAUAUGGAACGCGUGGUCUGUUUCUAUGCAUUCUUUACCUCAAGGAUACCCCAUCGACACAUCCGAGCAGCUUACAAAUCAACUUGUCGAACUAUUUUGUACCUCACCAUGCUGCUCUACGUCAAGACUUCCCUUCAUCGAACCUGCCGAUGUAUUGCAACGGUACCAGAAAAACGAGAACCCGCCUUCCAAACUGUAUAUAUAUGCCUUAUGUGCAAUGUCAGCUCGUAAUGCUUUUCAAGUUCACUGCUGGAGCGGUGAUUCUGGAUUUUCAGCGGCACAGUUUACUAUGGGCAAGGCGAUAUCGACGGCGUAUUGUGUUCAAGCAAGAGAAAUCUUCGCCGACUGCUUUGAUAGCCCAAGUUUAGACAAUGUCCAAGGAACAUUUUUGUUGUCAUAUGCUAUGCAUCAAAAUGGAUACUUCAACGGAAUCUACUUAUACGAAUGGAUAUCGUUUGCCCUGGCUCAAGACCUGGGACUUUAUGACGCUAAGCGGCCAUUAACUAGGGCUGAAAACAUGACGUUAUGGAUGAUUUAUUAUUACAACGCUUGGUACAAAGUUUUGCAAGGUGGAGCUUGUGACGCUGUUCAUCUUAAUCAAUACUACCCUGCAGCUCAGCCGAUCAUGCCUCCGCCACCAUUGGAAAAACCGAUCAAUUCACAAGAUCUCAUAUACACCAUGUGGUACCACCUCGUUAAGCUACAAGUCCUACGGCAUGACCUGAUGUCAAGGAUGGUCAUCGCUCAAGAGGCAUAUCGGAGACAGGCACCCUUUCGCAUAGAUCUUUUUGAGCUGCAGCAAACGCUGUUCGAUUGUUAUGCGACAGUCCCUCUGGAUUGGCAGAAUCCAGAUUCUGAAAUGCUACUAAAUGCCUCUGGACGACCGACGUUGGAAGCAAACAGCAGCAGUGGAAAACUCAAUGUCAAAACCGACGACGUCAACAGCUUUUGUAUCAUAAACUUGCAUGUGCAUUACAACAUCAAUAAGAUUUUGCUGUAUCAAACAUUCUUACCAACGAACAGUCCACCUACCACGCCCAUCGCUGUCCAGUGCUUGAGUGCUUGCAUCCAAGCUGCCAAUAGUAUCACGGAAUGUUUGGAUAUAAUGAUCAACAAACGCAAAGACUGCAACUUACCUAUACUAGCGCUUGUAUUCGCCAAUACGAUUUACAUGAAGCUAUUAACCUACACUGAUGUUCGAUUCAAGAGGUUCGCACGACGAAACUUGGAACGAUCUGUAAGUCUGUCCAAAUCGUCAAUGACUUACGCUUACGAUUUCGAAAACUGUAAGAGAUUGGUCUCCAUCAUGGAAUCCACCGUGAACGAGGCAAUAAGCCGGCUUGAGAACGAACCUUCGCCUUCAGGCUCAGAAUGUAGCUUGGAUGGCGGGAUCAACAAAGGCAUUCCGCCUGGCCAAGUCCGUAGCAUCAUAAAAUCCAAUGCCGUUACUUCAUCAUCGACGGAUAUGGAUCAACAGCUCGCGAGCUCUUAUAGCUCCAACUCUUCGGCGCCGGAAUUGGAAAUACCCGUAAAACGGGAACAUGGUAGCAGAGACUCUUACUCGGUUGCUUCCUCAGUCACAUAUCAGGACGAUACCCCUGCAAGCUUGGAGAAAAGCUGGCCUGAAGAUGACUUGGACUUUAACAAAUAUCCAAUGGACGUAGAUAAGGAGCCGAGGAUUAAAUUGGAACAUCAUGAGGAUGGGUUUUCGGGAGAUAAUUCAUUAAUCAAAGAUGUCUGGCGAGCUGUAGAUGAUGCCAGAUGCUCAGUUUAGCUUUAUAUAUUCUACCGUUUAAUAUCUGUACAGGAUUCGUUUUUAGAAUAAUUAGUUUUUCUUGUUAAAAGGUUUUUAAUUUUUCUGCAAAAUAGUUGAUUAUAAAGACAGUCGUUAUAUCUUUCAUGUAUAUUGCCUGCUUCAGCAAAUUGGCAGCGACAUGGAAUAAGAUAAUUUGGC